CGAUCUUGCCCAGGAGGUGAACCCUGGGGUUCCAUACCAAUGACAGAGACAUGGCCUGUGGGCCAAAGCGCCAAUAAAAAAUAAACACAUUUUAAGAAAGACCAGAUAAAAUCCAUUCAAGUGCCACAAACAGUCCCCAGGCCAGACUUUACACAUUCCUGCACAUAUUCAGCAAACCUCAGAACAUCAGAAUUGCCUAUUUAAAAACCUUACAAGAAUAUCAAAUUUCAAUUUUCUUGUGUGGUGCAACAUGCUUAGGGAGUGUGUGUUUGUGUUAUGAGCAGCACAUCACAGUGUCAGACAUAAUUUAGCAGAUCUAAUUGGAGUGCAUGCAGCCAGCCUGGCCUCUCUGUGUACUGUAGGUCCUGGGAUUUUAAGGGGGACUCAGGUUACAGGGACCCACCGCACUCUCUGUGUGGCUUGUGGUUGCUUGAACAGUGUUUUUCCCACACUUGGCCCUUUAUCUGCGAACACCUUUGGGUAUGUUUGUGUCUUAACUCACUUUAAUCUGGGUCUGUGCCAAAUACAUCUGUCAACCAUGUCAAGAGGCUCCUUAGGUAUAAUUAGGAAGUGUAUAUUCUGUAACCCACAUGAUCCUGUCAUAAACUGGUGUGCGAGUGUAGUUAAACAAACAUGAAAAUUAAACAGAUGAUAAAAGCACCUUUAGACAUGAGGUCAUUGUUUUUAUGUUAUUUAAGGCUGACUCGGGGGCCUGCUCUGCCUUUGAGAGCUAUCGUCAACACAUUAGUUAAAUUACAUUUUUCUUCUCAAUUACAACGUUAAACCCUUGAAUACAUUAUUUACUCAAUGGUAUUUCUUCACGACAUUUAAUAAAUAUUAAAGGCAAUCCGACGCUACUGACAGCCCAAUGAAGUGUGUGACUGCAGUGCCCUCUAUUGGUCAAGGUAUAUACCAAAAUACGAGGUAAGACGGGCCUGUGUGCUUUAAAAGAAAAUUAAUUGUGGUAAACCACAAAAGUAAUUAAAAGUUGGCAAAGAAAUAGCUUAAAGUGGAACGAAGUGACUGAAUGGAAUACGAUAGAAUAGCCUACAACUUAACAAUUCUAUUGUUGCAUGAAUAUUUUUCCUGUAAAAAAAAAAAAAAAGGAUCAAAUCGCUAGACUGAACAUUACACCUACAGUGUUACGGUAAAUAAAGACACUUUUGCUAUCUCAACAUUAAAAUGCAACAAACACAACAACCAACAAAUUGAAACUAAUAUUGCCCCUGUUUUAUUAUUGUAUAUUAACUGAACAUGAAUAAUUACAAUGAUAUGAACUAUAUGGUAUAUAAACAUGUAAAUUAUAAAUUAAUUGAUACCUUACACUUAUACAGGAAAAUUAAGAAAAAUGUAUUAUAUAUUUUUUAUCUGUUUAGAAAUUAAACUUGUCAUUGUUCUUCAGAAUUAUGCAGUUAAAGAAUAUGGAAUGGGAAUUUAAUGAAUGAAUGGGUAAAAAAUAGUCAUAUUAACUUUUUACAAUAUGAAUAAUUACUAAUUUGUUUGUUUGACUUAUUUGACGGGGUUUCCUUAUCCAGCUUGAUUAAAAAUGACACAUCCGGUGUACCCGGAAGUGAGCAUAAUUCCCAAAGAUGGCGGAUCAAGGUCCGAUGGCGAUAGCGAUGCGGCUACGAAAUCAGCUACAGUCCGUCUACAAACUGGACCCGCUGAGGAACGAGGAGGAGGUCAAGUUGAAAAUCAAGGACCUAAACGAACACAUCGUCUGUUAUCUCUGUGCAGGUUAUUUCAUAGAUGCCACAACAAUAACAGAGUGUUUGCACACAUUCUGUAAGAGUUGUAUUGUGAAGUACCUGCAGACCAGCAAAUAUUGUCCGAUGUGCAACAUCAAAAUCCACGAGACGCAGCCGCUACUCAACCUCAAACUGGACCGAGUCAUGCAAGACAUUGUCUACAAACUGGUGCCUGGACUUCAAGAAAGUGAAGAUAAAAGAAUAAAAGAAUUUUAUCAGUCUCGUGGUCUAGAGAGAGUAAUUCAACCAGCAGGUGAUGAUGCAGUACCAGAUGCUACAGGUUUACCGUACACAAGUUUUGACCAUUCCAAAGCCCAUUUCUACAGAUACGAUGAGCAGGUUUCACUAUGUUUAGAAAGACUAAGUUCAUCAUUUGCAGGGAAAGACAAGUCAAAACUUACUCUACAGCAAAAGUUUGUUCGCUGUUCUGUCCGGGCCGAAGUAAGACACCUACGGAAAGUUCUUUGUCAUCGUCUAAACGUGGAAAAACAUCAGGUCCAGAUGUUGUUCAAUAACGAGUCGCUGCCCGAUCACAUGACCAUGAAACGGUUAUGGCUCUCUCACUGGUUUGGCAAGGCGCAGCCUUUAGUGCUUCACUACACCAUCAAAGACAAAAGGACCAGAUAGGAUUUGUUUUUCCACUUUUUCCACAACGAGCUGUACAUAUUUUGUUCACUAAAUAAUCUAUUUGAAUAGCCUUUGUGUACAUAAAUGUAUUUUCCUUGUUUUGUAUUUUUUGAAAUAAAUAUAAAAUUGGUGAAAUAAGUCUAAAAGAGUUAUUUCAUAAUAGAAUUUUAUACAUUAUGAUGCGGGCACUGAAGGAGGAAAUGGAUAAUUUUAUUUAAAUACGAGUUUUUGCUACUGUGAAAACAUUUUUUUUAUAAUUUAUAAAAAAUUGGCCCAAAUUCUGCCCUAAAAACAUGCUGCCAAGUGAAAAAUUUGCACCAAAAACUCCAAAAAAAUAAAAUAAAAUCUGAAUAUGUCAAAAUAUCACCAAAGAGCCAAAAAAGACUAUAAUCUGAAGACAUAAUGUCUUCAACUCACUUGAGGUGAGUCCAAUUGCCUACUUUAAAACUGUUUGGAGAUUAUUAUGAUGAGCUGGAUGACUGAGAAUAUCCACUAGCAAGCAAGACUAUAGUCUUACUAUCAGGAAAAAUGUAAAAAAAAAAAAUUAAAAAGUCCCAGAAAUACAUUUAAAUGCAAGUUUAUGUCCCAAAACAUUCGGCUAAGUGAAUAAUUUGUGCUAAAAACUAACAUCUGAAAAUAGUAUGUCAAAAUAUCCACCGUCUUAGAUGGCAAAAAAUGGCAGAAUAAAUGGUCAGCAAUGCAGACGAAGACGAGGAGGCACACCCCUGGACUCAUAUUGAAAGCAUGUUCAGUUUACAAACGGUAAGAAACAGCAGUUACAUCAUGCAGUGUCUUCCAAAACAAACAUUUUUUUCAGUAUACAAAAACUCAACAUCUAACCCGAGGAAAGAUGUUGUGAUAAGUUUGACCUCAAAUCACAACACUAAAAAUAAAAAUGUAAGUUGACAAAAAAAUUAUUUUUAACUUACUUACUUAAAAAAAUAUAUUUUAUUUUCAUUUAUUUGUGUGUUUAAUAUUGACAAUGCACCAUAAAUACAUUGCACCAGCAUUUUUGGUCAAGUAUGCUGCUGUAAUGAAGCCUGUUGGCAUGGCUAUUAAUAUCCUCCAAGAGGAAUCAUCAUCAGAUUGAUCUUGUGCAAAAUGAGUACUGGUAAAUUUACUUGUUUAAUAAUUCAAAUGUGAACCAGUAGACAUUUACAUAAACCUGUAUAGUGUGUCAGUGACAAACCACAAGGUGGCAACAGUUAGCUUUUAAUGUCAAGCAUCAGUUGGCAUUUUGUAUUUAAAUGAUUUUUGUAAAUUUGCACCAAUGAGCACGCUCUUUCUAUUAAAGAAAAAGUUCCAAGAGCCUAAACCAACUAAAAAAAGGAUGUGGAUGUCAGCGGUAGGGGGCGCACUGAUAUUGAAACAUUUCUUUUUCCCUUUCGGCUUUGUCUUUUUUUCAGGGGGUGCCAUAUUGGAACGUUUGUAUAACGGAAAUAGGAAUACGUUACGGUCCUUAUUUCCGGCUGCGGAUCCGGAGCAUGAGACACGAGUGUUAGGCGUUUGGGCUUCCAGCUGGCGUUCAAGUCAAAAAACUGGGCACGGUGGCUACAUCUGAUUGAUUUAAAAGAAACCCAUCCUACUGCAGGGCCACGGACGGUCCAUCACUCAGAUGAAGUACAACAGAGAAGGAGACCUUUUUCCGUCGCUAAAGAUCCGGUGGCCAAUGUGUGGAACGACUCGGUACCAACAACGGACACAAGAGAGCUGUGGGACACCAAAAAUGUUUGACAGGAUCAGCUGACAGCUGCUGUCGACUGGGACUGUGAAACCAGUGGGUGAAAAGAAAAUGCAUGUGAUAGUUUCUGAAUCCCUUGGGAGUUUCAUCAGCAUUAAAACAACAAUAAAAAUGCACAAAUAGGUAAAACACAUUAAAAUACAAACAUGUGUAGCAGCACACUGUCAAUGAAUCUGGGAAACCUGAACAGUGGAUGUUAGUAGAUUAGUCUGUUAGUAGAAGUAGGUUAGACUAUUGUUCUAAAUUAAAUUGGUAUAAUGUGUAUUUAUAGUAAAGAAUACUACAUGAUACCUGUAUGUGUAUAUAAGCAGAACUAGUAUAAUUACUACUACUUAAUUACUUUUUUUUUUCUUUAGACUUUAAAUAUCUCCCCUCAGAGCUUUUACUGUAGUAUCUCUUCCUUCAUCGAGUCCCUCUUUAUAAAUAACAGGUUUUUAGAACCAUGUAGAGAAGGCCGCAUGGAAAAACAGCAGUGGAAAAACUGCUCUCUGCUCUGCUGAAGGCUUAACAAGGUUUGCUGUCUGACACUGGAGGCACCACAGCAUCUGGCGAAACAGGAAUGAAAUCUUGUGUACAUAAAAGACGUGUUUCCUUAGACCUUUAUCUGCUCAAUGAGGAACCAUUAAUAAAUCAUCUCCAUAUCA